AUAGCGGAUGUGUGCCGCACACCGGCAGAUUAGCCCCGGCUCAGAGAGCUCUGCAGACAUUGUGAGCGGCCCGGUUCAUUCCGCCUGAACGGAGGAGGCUCCUGGUAAAAACAAAGCCAAGCGCACCGGCACCUUUUUUUUUUCUUCUUUUCGCUACUUUUCCCCGGAAUAUAAGCGGCUCGGUUCUCGUGUGCUGUGCGGAAUGCCCAGAGAGCUGACCCAGAACAGGAUCCAAAAGAUCUGGAUUCCCACCAAGGAUGACAAGCCGGCACCCCGGAGAGCAACUGGCGCCCCCCACUUCGUCAACCCCCCCACAGUCAUCGUGAUGGUGGGUCUUCCCGCCCGGGGCAAGACGUACAUGUCCAAGAAGCUCACCCGAUACCUCAACUGGAUCGGCAUGCCCACCAAAGUCUUUAACGUUGGAGAGUACCGUAGGGAAGCGGUCAAGAACUACAGCUCCUACGACUUCUUCAAGCCUGAUAACGAGUGUGCUGUGAAAAUCAGGCAGCAAUGUGCCUUAGCAGCCUUGAGGGAUGUCAAAUCCUAUCUGAAGGACGAGGGAGGCCAAGUAGCGGUCUUCGAUGCCACAAACACGACUAGAGACAGGCGAGAGAUGAUACUCAAGUUCGGUGAUGAGAACGGCUUCAAGAUCUUUUUCAUCGAGUCCGUCUGCGAUGAUCCUAGCGUCAUUGCGUCGAACAUCAUGGAAGUGAAGGUGUCAUGUCCGGAUUACAAGGACUGCAACAAGACUGAUGCCAUGUUGGAUUUUCAGAGAAGAAUUGAGUGCUACAAAACCAGCUACCAGCCUCUGGACCCUGAUCAGCAUGACAGAGAUCUCUCCUUCAUCAAGGUGAUAGACGUGGGUCGGCGUUACCUUGUCAACCGCAUCCAGGAUCACAUCCAGAGUAAGAUCGUCUACUACCUGAUGAACAUCCACGUCCAGCCCCGAACCAUCUACCUGUGUCGGCACGGAGAGAGCAGCGACAACCUGGAGGGGCGGCUGGGCGGCGACGCAGGCCUGUCAGCGCGGGGGAAACAGUUCUCGGCUGCCCUGGCCCGGUUUGUGGAGGAACAACAACUGAAGGAUCUGAAGGUUUGGACCAGCCAGCUGUGUCGCAGCAUCCAGACUGCUGAGCACCUUGGAGUCCCUUAUGAGCAGUGGAAGGCUCUCAACGAGAUUGACGCUGGAGUCUGUGAAGAGAUGACGUACGACGAGGUGAAGGAGAAAUUCCCAGAGGAGUUUGCUUUGAGAGAUGAAGAUAAAUUCUACUAUCGCUACCCUGCUGGAGAGUCCUACCAGGAUCUGGUCCAGCGGGUUGAGCCGGUCAUCAUGGAGCUGGAGAGGCAAGAGAACGUCCUGGUUGUUUGCCACCAGGCCGUCAUGCGCUGCCUGCUGGCCUACUUUCUGGAUAAGAGUGCAGAUGAGAUGCCCUACCUCAAGUGUCCGCUCCACACAGUGCUGAAGCUCACCCCUGUCGCCUAUGGGUGCAAAGUGGAGUCCAUCUCUCUGAAUGUGGAGGCGGUGAACACCCACAGAGACAGACCUGAGGAGGUGAAGAGGGGUCCAGGCACCUUGAUCAGGAGAAACAGUGUGACUCCUCUGACAAGCCCCGAGUCAAACAUCAAGAAACCUCGCAUCGAUGAUCUGGACGAGGCUCCCAUUCAGGAGGUGCCUCCAUCAGUCGCCUCGCUGGCACUCUGCAGCCCCUCACACCUUCCUCUUGCUCUGGCCGGACAGCACUGGCUGGGCAAAGUUUGCCUAACCUGAGGAGGAGCUCAUCUGGCCGCCAUGACGUCCUGCAGCCCUGCCAGUGAAAUUGUACCGAUGUCACCACCUGGAUGAAGAGGCCAGGAAGCGGUUCGCUGACGAAGACUCACUACAGACAAUAACAUGAAACAAAAAGCAACAUUUCUCAGCCUGUAAAUUCGGUUAAUGUUGCAUCAUUCUGUCAGCUGAGGACACACGUUAUUGUUCCUUUUCGGUUAAUUUCACUUCUGUUCUAUGAGAUAUUUGUCAUAUCAAAGCAAGACUCUUAAAUCCUCCCUUUCUUGCUAUUGUUAGAUAUUUCCUUUCUCUCAGGGACGGAUGAAUCUGUCUUCUGGGAAACCUUCAUCAAGGUCACGUGAUUAAUGUAUCCAGGCUGAAAGAGGCGAACUGUGACUCAUUAAAUCAACAGUCAUUCCUGUUGCAUCUCACAGCUCAGACGGAGGGCCCUCUGCGAAAACCAGUUUCUUCUGGUUUGUUAAGUUAGAGAGACCAACCCUUCACUCCUAGAUACAACUUUCAGCUUAUCAUUUUAAUUUUUUUGUUUUUUACUUCUGGUUGCACUUUUAAUUUAACAAAAAAUGAUAAGGUAUUUAGUUUACAUGGUAAACUUUUUGGCACUUCUUUGGAAGCACUAGCGUUUUUCAUGUACAUGUUUUUCUAAAACAACGGAGAGUUGUGAUUUAACUGACUCCUUUAUAUGCUGACAUGCUACAAAAUAAGCGAUUAUUUUGCACAGUGGGGGAUUCGUUUUUACUUCUGUUUGUGUUUUUCGUGUCACUAUGUGUUUUUCAUGUUACUUCACAGUAAUGGAGGGGAUUUUUGCCGUAGAGUGCCUGUAGUGCUUGUUUUGCAAGCCUGACGCCGCUUCUCUUGCUGCCGCUCUGGGGUUGACUGCUCGAGGAGAGGCGCCACAUUUCACCUAAUAACUCCACAUAUCAUUUCAAUAUUUCACUCUUCACAGUUUGAGUAUUUACGUGUCUUUGUUUUUAGUUUUAACGCUAAUCAUUUGACAGUUCGCUCCACUGAUUGGACAGUUUUUAUUUUCAAGUUUAUUUUCCUUUAUUUCCCCUUUGCUGCCGUUGUCUGCUACGCACAAAUGUACGCACAUAUAUUUUUAUGAUAACAAUGCGUGCUGUUAAUAAUGUCUUUGUAAAUGUUAAUGUACAUACAGUAUAACUGGAGAUGGAUGGGAGAUGACUUGAAACUGUCCCGGGAGUCGUUUUAAUGAAAACGCGUCUGUUUUUGUACUGUGUUGGGAAUGAAUGGAAACAAUGAUCUGCUGAGAAAGAAGCCGUCGCUUAACUCUCUCUGGAAAAAAAAAAAAAAAAAAAAAAACACCUUUUGUUAACAUGUUUGUUUGAGAAACUUGAACUGUGUUUUUGUAAAAAACUUUUAUUAUAUUCUUUAUUUAUUUUUAUGUAGUUUUGAAUGACUGCUUGGAGGGGAGGCCCUUGUCUUAAUCACAGGACUAUGCAUGAGAGGACAGUAUGUUGUACAGUUGAUUUUGCAUCUGCUGGACCAAUAAAUGAACUCCAGGAUAACAUACA